CGUCCGUGCUGCUGCUGAGCUGCUCGAUUAGCUAGCUAGGGUUGCGGAUUUGCGUCAGGCGAUCGAAGGGAAUUCCAUGGAUCUCUCGCGGCCCGAAUCGUCGGACCUCUCGCUCGGCCUCCACCCGCACGUCAACGCGCACGCGCGCGCCCACGCGCGCGCGGCCCCGCUGCGCCUCUUCGACGACUCGGAGGACGCCAAGACGGAGGGCAGCGUCGGGGGCGGCGGCGGCACCGGGGACGCCCCCGACGACGACGACGACCAGCACUUCUCCCUCCUCGGCCACUCGCUCUGCGUCAAGCGCCCGCGCCAAGGAAUCCACUGGUCCGCCGCCGAGGUCUCCUCCUCAUCCUCCUCCUCGCGCCCCGCCAAACGCCAAGCCACCGCCGCGGAUCUGGACUCCCGCCGCGCCGCGGUGCGCGCGUGGGGGAACCAGCCGCUGGCCGACGCGGACACGGACGUGCACGCGCUGAUGCAACUCGAGAAGGCGCGCCAGGUGCGGGGCAUCGAGCUGAUCGCCUCCGAGAACUUCGUGUGCCGGGCGGUGCUCGACGCGCUCGGCAGCCACCUCACCAACAAGUACUCGGAGGGCCACCCGGGCGCGCGCUACUACGGCGGGAACCAGCACAUCGACGCCAUCGAGCGCCUCUGCCACGCGCGGGCGCUCGCCGCAUUCGGCCUCGACGCCGCCGCCUGGGGCGUCAACGUGCAGCCCUACUCCUGCACCUCCGCCAACCUCGCCGUCUACACGGGGCUGCUCCUCCCCGGCGACCGGAUCAUGGGCCUCGAGCCGCCCUCCGGGGGACAUGUCAGCCACGGCUACUUGACGCCUAGUGGGAAGAAGGUCUCUGGCGCAUCGAUAUUCUUCGAGAGCUUGUCGUACAAGGUCAAUCCGCAGAAUGGGUACAUCGAUUAUGAUAAGCUAGAGGAGAGGGCCAUGGAUUUCCACCCCAAGAUCCUUAUCUGUGGUGGGAGCUCCUACCCACGCGAGUGGGACUUCGCACGGAUGAGGCUCAUAGCUGAUAAGUGCGGUGCGGUGCUCAUGUGCGACAUGGCGCAUAUUAGUGGACUUGUUGCAGCCAAGGAAUGUCGCAGUCCAUUCGACUACUGUGAUGUUGUUACUUCAACUACUCACAAGAACCUAAGGGGUCCUAGAGGUGGAAUAAUAUUUUUUAGGAGAGGGAAAAAUUUGCGGAAGCGAGCUGGAUCAUUUGCUCAAGGGAAUGAAAGUGAUUAUGACUUUGAGGAUAAGAUAAACUUUGCUGUCUUCCCUUCACUGCAAGGAGGGCCCCAUAAUAAUCAUAUUGCUGCUUUGGCGAUUACACUGAAGCAAAUUGCUACACCUGAUUAUAAAGCAUACAUUCAACAAGUAAAGAAAAAUGCUCAAGCUUUGGCAUCCGCCUUGCUCAGAAGAAAAUGCAGAUUGGUUACUGGUGGCACUGAUAACCACUUGGUACUCUGGGACCUCAGAACUUUUGGCUUGACCGGCAAGAACUUUGAGAAGGUCUGUGAGAUGUGCCACAUCUCUAUAAAUAAGACUCCAAUAUAUGGGGACAAUGGCUCAAUAUCUCCCGGUGGUGUGCGGAUUGGAACACCUGCCAUGACUACUAGAGGUUGCCUAGAGGAUGACUUCGAGGUGAUUGCAGACUUCCUCAUCAGGGCGACACAGAUAGCUGGCAGUGUUUUGAAAGAACACGGUAAAGUUCAGAAGGAAUUUCUGAGAGGCCUGGAGAACAAUAAGGACAUCAUAGAACUUGGUAAUCAGGUCGAGGCUUUUGCGUCCCAGUUUGCGAUGCCAGGAGGUUUUGAUGUAUGACUGUACAUAUAUAUUACUACAUCUUUGUUGGUAUUGUCCAGAUUCAUCAGCAAAAUAGCAACUAUUUUGUCAUCAGACCUUUUACGCAAAACUGUAAGUUGCUCUCAACAGCAGCGCUGUAGGAAAGAUUUUUUGUAGUUAAAACUGGUCUUGAUUCUUGA